UAGGCUAGAAACGCAGCCAACUAGAAACUCGUGAUAAUGCAGUAUAUGAACACACACAAAAAUGUAAGGGAAGGAAAAAUGGAGGAAAGGGAAUUAGAAGUGACAAUGAAUGAAGCGAAUAUUGAAAUGAAUGAGUGGACCUCUGCAGCCAGUGCUAGUACAAACCCAACAGUUCUGAUUCCGUGCCCCGAAGCCCAACCCUUUCGCUUCAUCAUACACUACACCACACUACACCACACCUCGAUUUGAUCGUCUUCUCUCUCUACGCUUUAAUUAUCUCUCUAUAGUUGCCAGUAAUGGCAGUGCAUCAGUGGCAGUGCAAGAAAAGUGGGAGAGAGUUUUCAUCGGGAAGGGAAAGCUUUGCACCGCAAGGCUCAAAUAAAACAUGGGGAGUCCCCUCUCUCUGCGAUUAGUGUGAUUACAAUCCGCAUGCUCUCUGCAAAUCAUCAUUCUCUCUCUAAAAUUGUCAUCCAUCAGGUGGAGAGAGAGAGAGAAGAAGCAGGUAAAGCUGUGAAUGACCAGAAGGAUAAACACACUUCCAAAGGAAAUUUGGACAGGCUUUUUUGGCCAAUUGAUGAGCAAAACCAACUUCAUGAAAUCUGACUCCCACCCACUACAACUAUUUAGGAUUUCUCCAAAAAGACUGAAUAGGGUAGCUUAAUUCUCGGGAGAGAACUCCAUAUCCACCCACAAAAAACAUAGGUGGCUUGGUUUAGGGUUUUAUAGGGAAGCUAAGGAGAUCAAAGCUCAGAGAGAGAGAGAGAGAGAAAGAGAGAGAGAGAAUGGAGGGAACUUCAUGUUUGAUGGGUUUUGGAGAGAACAGUAGUGGACUAUGCCAAAUGAUAAUGAUGCCUCCACCUCCGGUUACUAAUUCUCACCCUAACGCAGACAACAACAAUACCCUAUUUCUUCCUCUACCUGAUCCUAACAACAUUAAUCCCGACCAAAAUCGUCACGGUAAUAGUGGGUCUUCUUUGAUGGUUGGAGAUCACGUCAACAAACACAGCAACAACGCAGGCGCAGCUGGGUGUUACUUCAUGGAGAACUACAGCAACAACAGCGGCGAGGGCGGCUCUUCUUCUGUUAAGGCCAAGAUUAUGGCCCAUCCUCACUACCACCGCCUCUUAGCCGCCUAUGUUAAUUGUCAAAAGAUAGGAGCGCCGCCUGAAGUGGUGGCGAGGCUGGAGGAAGCUUGCGCAUCGGCGGCAGCCGUCGGCCGGAUGGGAUCGGGCUGUGUUGGCGAAGAUCCGGCGCUGGACCAGUUCAUGGAAGCCUACUGUGAGAUGUUGACCAAGUACGAGCAAGAACUCUCAAAACCCUUCAAGGAAGCCAUGCUUUUCCUGUCCAGAAUUGAGUUCCAGUUCAAAGCCCUUACAGUGGCUUCCUCGGACUCUGGUCUAGACAGAAAUGGAUCAGCUGAAGAGGCUGAUGUGAAUAACAAUUUCAUUGAUCCUCAAGCCGAAGACAGGGAGCUGAAGGGUCAACUUUUGCAGAAGUACAGUGGAUAUUUAGGCAGUCUAAAGCAGGAGUUCAUGAAGAAGAGGAAGAAAGGGAAGCUGCCCAAAGAAGCUAGGCAACAGUUGCUAGAUUGGUGGAGUAGACAUUACAAAUGGCCAUACCCAUCGGAGUCUCAGAAGCUGGCACUGGCUGAAUCUACAGGGCUGGAUCAAAAGCAAAUCAACAACUGGUUUAUCAACCAAAGAAAAAGGCACUGGAAACCCUCAGAAGACAUGCAGUUUGUUGUCAUGGAUGCCACACAUCCCCAUUAUUACAUGGAUAAUGUUCUGGGCAAUCCCUUUCCCAUGGAUAUCUCUCCUUCGCUGCUAUGAAGUCAAUCAAUUGAGUCAGUUCUCGCAGUACUGUUUAGAGUUCUACUGAAUUCCCAAAGCCAUGCCAUAUAUGAAAUGUUGAAUGCUGCCUUGCUAUCAUUUGUACUAGAGCUUGUAGUGUCCUUGUGGCUGCUAUCAGAUUGAUAUUAACUCAAAUCAAAAACUGCUACUCUCCUAUUGUUAUAUAAUGGUCAAAAUAUUGCUAUCCUCCUAUUGUUAUAUAAUGGUGUCUCCUGGUACUUACGUUGUUGGAGAUAAUUAAAUUGGGUGUUUCCGAGCUCUUAACAGCCAUUU